CGAGGACAGGACGCUGGGGCGGGACAUGGGCGCCGCCGCGCUGCAGUGGCUCUGCUGGGCUCUCCUCGCGCCCGGGGUCCUCGGUCAGUGCAAGCUCCUGCCAAGCUACACCUUUGCUAGGCCUAAGGCCAGGAGUGACCAGGCAGAGUUUGCAGUGGGGACGAGUUGGGAAUAUGAGUGCCUCCCUGGGUACAAGAAGAGGUCAUUCUCUGUCACCUGCCUGCCCACCUCCCAGUGGUCUGAUGCCCAGCAGUUCUGUAAACGAAGAUCCUGUGAGCACCCCAGAGACUUGCUGCACGGCACGAUUCUCUAUCCCCAGGGCAUCGAGUGGGGGUCGACAAUUACCUUCUCUUGUAAUCGAGGAUAUAGGCUCAUUGGGGACGCGUCGGCCAUGUGUGUCCUCACAGACAGAGGCAUGAGCUGGGACGUACACAUGCCUCUGUGUGACACCAUCCUUUGCGGGCUACCCCCUGCUAUCCCCCAUGGGGACUUCAGCGACCAGAACAAAGACAGCCUGCCCUACGGGGCAGUGGUGACCUACCGGUGCCACACUGGGCAGCGUGGGGAGAAGCUGUUUGAUCUGGUGGGCGAGCCAUCCAUCCACUGCACCAGCCGGGAUGGGCGUGAGGGGGUGUGGAGCGGGCCCCCGCCCCUCUGCCUCCCGGCUGUCAAGUGCCCCGCACCCUACGUGGAGAACGGGGUGCUGGAGGCAGGCUUCCGUCGCUCCUUCUCCCUCAAUGACAGCGUGGCGUUCAAGUGCCAGCCUGGCUUCACCAUGAGGGGCGCCAGCGUGGUGUGGUGCCAUCUGGGGGGCACCUGGAGGCCCCCCCUGCCCAGCUGCAUCCAGGGGUGCCCGCCACCCCCGCAAGUCCCCCACGGCAGCCACGGCCACGAGGCCCAGGAUGUCUUCCCUACCGGCCAGCGAGUGUCCUACCACUGUGAGCCCGGUCACACGCUCCGAGGCUCAGACACCCUGGACUGCACGUCCUCGGGCACCUGGCACCCGCCUGCCCCCACCUGUGAAGCCCAGUCCUGCGAGGCCCUCCCCAGCCUGCUGCACGGCCGUGUGCUGGUGCCACCCAGCCUGCAGCUCGGGGCCCAGGUGGCCUUUGUGUGUGACGAGGGGUUCCGGCUCAGCGGGCAGCCCUCCAGCCGGUGUGUCUCAGAAGGCACGCGUAUGGUCUGGAACACUGAGCUUCCUGUCUGUGAUCCCCUGUCCUGUGGCCCGCCCCCUCCCAUCACACACGGCCGCAACACCUACUCUGGGUCCGCCACGGUCAACACGGUGGUCAAGUACAGCUGCCCCAGCGCCUUCCGCCUCAUCGGGGACAGCGUGCUCUUCUGCAGGGGUGGCGGCCAGGCGGACGCCUACUGGGACAAGGCGGCACCUGUGUGCGAGGUCUUCAACAGGUAUGUCCAGUGCCCAGAGCCCCACGUGCCCGGGGGGCAGAAGGACAGGCGGGCCCGACCCCCGUUCUGGCACGGGGCCGCGGUGACAUUCUCCUGCCAAGCCAACUUCACCAUGAGGGGCAACCGGACCCUGUGGUGCCAGGCGAACGGCAGCUGGGGGCCGACUGCCCUGCCCGUCUGCGAGAGCGACACUCCCCUGGACUGCCCCCCACUGCCCGCCAGCCCCCACGCACAGCACUCAGGGCCGGUGGGCGUGCGCAGCCGCCCGGGCCAGGCCGUACUCUUUAGCUGUGAGCCCGGCUACCUGCUGCAGGGAGAGAAGACGCUCAGGUGUCUAUCCUCGGGAGCCUGGAGCUCUGAGCCACCCACCUGCACAGAGGCCCAGUGUGACCCCCCAGUGCCACCCCGCCACGGGCAGGUGCAACAGCCCCCCAGCCUGCAGCUGGGUUCCACGGCCACCUUCUCCUGCACUGAGGGGUACCGGCUGAAGGGACAGGCUUCCAGCCGCUGUGUCAUUGCUGGGCAGAAGGCCACCUGGACCCGGAUCCCUGAGUGUGAGGAAAUCCGUUGUCCCCCGCCGCCACCCGCCAUCCAGGGAACACACUCGGGCAACACCUCCUGGCCGGCCACCUAUGGGAGCAGUGUCACCUACCACUGCCUGCCUGGCCCCGAGCCGGGGGUGGACUUCAUCCUGGUGGGUGAGAGCACCCUGCGUUGCACGGCGGAUGCCCAGCUGGAGGGCGUGUGGAGCGGGCCGGCCCCGCACUGCCAGCUGGCCGUGUCGGGGGGCCCCUGCCCGCCCCCCCAGGUGCCGGGGGGCCGCGUGGUGUCUGGGCAGAAGCAGCACUACAGCUACAAUGACACCCUGGGCCUCACCUGUGAGCCGGGCUUCACCCUGAAGGGCAGCACCAGGACCCGCUGCUCCGGCCGUGGCAGCUGGGAGCCCGAGCUUCCCCGCUGUGAGAAGGCCUGCCCAGCCCCCCCUCGGAUCCUCAAUGGGCAGCUGGAGGACAGAGGGACGCUCCACUUUGACCCUGGGACAUCCGUCAGAUACCGCUGCAGCCUGGGCUACACACUGGAGGGGGCCGACACCCUGCGCUGCUCAUCCCAGGGGGUGUGGAUGCCCAGUGCUCCCCAGUGCACAGCUGCCCCUUGUGAACCUGUGUUGAAGCAGACCUUCAAGAGACCCCAGCAUGGCUUCAUCCGGACGGAGGCUAACUCCUCGUGUGAGGAGGGGUACUACCUGGGUAGCAGUGUGUACCAGCUGUGUGGGGGUGCCCAGCUCUGGUACCAGGAGGUGCGCCUGUGUAAAGAGAUCACCUGCACCCCGCCCCCGGCCAUCACUGAUGGGGUGCACUCGGGCAGCCCCUCGCAGGAGGCACCCUACGGAACCAGGGUCACCUACAGCUGCCGGCCGGGCCCGGAGCGCGGCGUGGACUUCCAGCUGGUGGGGGACAGCGCCCUCAGCUGCACCAGCCGGGACGGGCGGACAGGCACCUGGAGUGGGCCCGCCCCCACCUGCAGGCUCCUGCUGCCCUCCACCCGCUGCCCCGCGCCCCACGUCCCCAACGGCUUCCGGGUGUCCGGCAGGGACGGCCCCCACUCCUACAAUGACAGUGUCACCUUCCAGUGUGUGGACGGCUUCACGCUGAGGGGCAGCGGCUGGGCAAGGUGCACGGCCAACGGUACCUGGGAGCCAGUGGUGCCGGCGUGCGAGAAAGGCUGCCCGCCACCCCCGGGGCCCCAGCAUGGCCAGCACACGGGCGGAAGCAGGGCCCUCUUUGAGCCAGGGGUGACUGUGGACUUCAGCUGUGACCCCGGGUACAGGCUCGUGGGCAGCCCGUCCAGCCGCUGUGCGCCCUCUGGAAGCUGGAGUCCUUCUGCCCCUCGGUGUGAAGAAGCUCCGUGCCAGCCCGUGGAAGAUGCAGGCCCGGAGCCCCCGGCCGGGUCUCAUGUGGUCCCGUUCAACACGUCCUGCGCAGAAGGGUACCAGCUGCUUGGAUACGUCCAUCGCAGGUGCCAAGACCUUGAGAGUGGGGUUUGGUUCCAGAAGAUCCCACACUGUGAAGCCAUCCACUGCCCGCCACCUCCAUCCAUCGCCCAUGGCAGGGUCCUGAAUGCACCCACCCAGCCGGCCCCCUACAGCAGAGAGAUCUCCUACAGGUGUGACCCCGGCUUCAGUCUUCAGGGUGAGAGGAGCCUGCGCUGUGUCCAGGACUCCCAGGGCCACGGUGCCUGGAGUGGCCAGGCCCCACGCUGCGAGGCCAUCCCCCGCGAGACCCUCUGCCCUCGGCCAGAGGUCCGGCACGGCCACGUGCUGAACCAGUCCCAGCCGACCUUUGUCCCCGGCACCCUGCUGAGGGUGGCCUGCACCCCCGGCUUCCUGCUCAACGGCUCCCAAUGGGUUCGCUGCCACAGAGACGGCCGCUGGGUGCCCGUCCCCCCCACCUGCAUCAAAAAGGCCUCCUCCGGCUGCCGUCCUCUGAAGAUCGCCCACGGGAACCACACGGGCGGGGACAUCACACGGUUCCCUCCCGGGAUGUCGGUGCUGUACAGCUGUGACCCCGGCCACCUUCUGGUGGGGGAGCCUUUGCUGCUCUGCACCCACGAGGGGGCCUGGAGCCAGCCCGCCCCCCACUGCACAGAGGUGAACUGCAGCUCCCCGGAGUCGGUGCUGGGCGUGCAGCGAGGCCUGGAGCCUGGGAGGCUGUACCAGUACGGCACCAUCGUCACCCUAGAGUGUGAGGACGGCUACACCCUGGAGGGCAGCUCCCAGAGCCAGUGCCAGGACGACCACCGCUGGAGCCCACCCCUGGCCGUGUGCAAGUCCCAUGUGACAAGUCCCAGGCAUCGGCUGUGCCCGCCUAGGGAAAGAUCUGUCCAAGUCCAGGGAGUUUUCACACAACAAAUAAGGGAAACGGCUCCUGACCACAGUGGCGUCUUUACAAAGACGGGAGGGACUGUGUCCACUUCCAGAACGUUCCCUGGGCCUCAGGCUCCAGGGGAUCCCGCAGCUCCACUAAUGCCUUCCUGCUUUGUGCCCUCAGGCUCACUCGCGCCUCUGGUCUCUGGUCUGUCUGCAGGCUUCCUCUUCCUCCUCUGCUUGGCCAGUGCAGCCUGGUGCAUGUUGCUCAGACACCGGGGCCGCAAUUAUUACACCAACAGAGCCCCCAGAGGAGGAGGAGACAUCCACUUAGAAACCCGAGAAGUCUACUCUGUGGACCCCUACAACCCAGCAAGCUAGCGAGAGGACCAGCCCGGUCCCUGCAAGCACUUUCUCGGCGGGUACUCACAUCAGAGUCCCUGUCACUCGUCCAUCCCGUCCGUCUGUGCGCAAGCGUCCGGCUGAGCUCAGCUGUUCUGUGGCCCUCCCUUGGCGACUGCUCAGUGCCACUGUCCCCGCCUGGCCGUGUGACUGCUUGGACCCACCCAUGCGAAGAAGGACUUCUGGCCAGACUGGGGAAUGGCACAAAGGAAGUGCCCGUGGGCCGGCUGCCUGGGGUCGGCCCUUGUACCCUCACAGGACUGUGGGGGACUGUGGUGCCUGAGCCCUCGGCCCACCUGCUUCUCCAGCUUUUCUCUGGCCGCCUGUGCCGGCCUGACUGCCCUGGGGCCCCGUCAGUAGCAGAACUGUCCCUGCCGUAUCCUCAUGGGCUGCCCGCCUGCGGCCGCUCUCAAACAAAAUGGACCUGUGCUUCACACACACACACACACACCCAGGACCCCCCUCCAGCCCCUGCCACCUGCCCUGAGUCCCACCCUGGUCACAGUGUUGGCUGCUGUGUGAGGCCUGGAAGAAGGUGUCCCCGGGGAUCCUGACUGCAGGACGGCACCCUCCCCGCUGGGGGGAACACGCCACCUUCACUUGCCCUCGCCUUGGGCUCCUCCCUCCCUGCACACACACCUCUGCAGAAGCACCCAGUCCGCACUCCGCACGUCUGUCUCCAACACAGGAGUGGAGUUUUCCCUCUAAAGCUCGUGCACAAGUCAGGCUUCGGAUGUUUCCCUGAGUUUCACCAGAAGCUCUGAUUGCCAGUCAGAUGUCACUUAAUGAUGUUGGUGUCGCUGGUCACACAAAUAAAGUCUGCCUUCAUGAGA